CCAGAAUUUCCUUGCCAUCCCACCUUUACCACCAUCAUUUGCCACUAGAACUCCUGCAUUAUCCUGUCUGCUGUACUGUCCAUGGAUGUAAAUUCAAGCUUCAGAAUUUCACCGACGCAGUUGUUCAUAUUUUUCCUGGUUUUGUUUUAUUCAGAAAAAUCAAAUGUCGCGGCAGAUGGUUCCCCUGGUAUCGAUGGUGAAGCACUCUGCAGCGGUGAUAUGUCUUCAUUCCUUCCCCUUCCAUAUGGCAAAUUGCCGAAUAUGGUUUGUAAACGGCUAUGGAAUACAUUCGUUCUACGAUAUUCCCAGACAGAAGGCAAUGUUGUCACAAUUGUACUAUCAACUGUAUACACCACUGGAUGGGCAGGCAUAGGUUUUUCGAAAGAUGGGAUGAUGCUAAAUUCUAGCUGUAUGGCCGGAUGGGUGAAUGUUGAAGGUCAUGCAAGGAUUAAGCAGUAUUAUGUAGAAGGCUUCACCCCUUCAGCUGUGAAGCCUGAUAAAGGUGAACUGCCUCUGACCCACGUUCCACCAUAUGUUGCACUAAAUGGAGCAAGGAUAUAUUUGGCCUUCCAAUUGAAAUAUCCAGUUCGUCUAAAGAGACAACCAAUUUUAUUAGCUUAUGCAAGUGCCUAUCCGCAGCACCACCAUCUCUCUCUUCAUGAUGACAAAACAACAAUAACAUUUGACUUUUCUUCAGGGAAUUCAGAUUCUGCACCCUCUCCCUCUGGUACAUUUUAUAGAGUUGAUGACAUGAGGAAAACUCAUGGGGCGUUGAGCGUACUGGGUUGGGGUCUAUUUCUCCCUUAUGGAGCAAUUGUUGCGAGAUACCUGAGGCACAGGGAUCCUUUGUGGUACUAUAUUCAUUUAGUAAUUGAAUUUCUAGGCUUCAUACUAGGAGUUGCUGCAGCUGUUGUCGGACUUUCGCUCAGCCACAUGCUGCAGGUAGAUAUUGUUGGACAUAAAACCAUUGGGAUUUUUGUGCUUGUCCUCAGCAUCCUUCAGGUUUUGGCAUUCUUUGCACGACCGAGUAGAGAUAGCAAAAACCGCAAGUACUGGAAUUGGUAUCAUAGCUGGACUGGAAGGACUGCUAUCUUUCUAGCAGCUGUCAACAUAAUACUAGGGAUUCAUAUUGCAGAUGCCGGACCGGGAUGGAAGAUAAGUUAUGGUUUUCUUCUUGGUCUAACAUUGAUUGCGUGUAUCUUUCUGGAAACAAUGUCUAGACUCAGAGGAUCUGAUGACAGUAAAUUUCCUCCAUCCUUCCAGAUGAAUGGCAGUUAGAGAAUACGGUGUGUAUUGUAUUGUACUAUACAAACACGUUUUUGUAUUUCGAUCAAUUGUAGAUUUCUUGCAUGCAUCUCUAAGAACAUGUUCUGUUGAUGGAAACAUGAGUUAAAGCUGCAGAAAAAUGCCCCUCGAAACACACUAUACCACAGAGCAAAUUUUGCAGCUGGGUUCGUGAAAUAUGUAUGAUGCGUUCUACACUGUAUCUCUCGUAUAGGUUCCACUUUAAAUGUGGCAAAUGAGAAUCUUCGGUCCGCUACCUGUAGAAGGAUGAAAGUAUGUUUUGAUACACAUGUUUUGGAGAA